CCCGCUUCCGGCGAGCGGGCCCCGCUUGCAGCGUCAUCCUGAGGGGCCGGUUUGAAUGAGACCCCGAGGGAGGGAGGGACGCGCCACCAUCGCUGCCGCCGCCAUCGCCCGCCCGCUCCCUCCCCGCUAGCGCCGCUUCCCCGCCGUCUUUCCACUCCUCCCCGCCCCCACCGCGCCCUCUCGGGACACGGUGUGCCGCCGCCCCCCCGCUCCGCCAUGCCGCUCUUCUCAGUUAACGUGAAAUGGGGAAAAGAGAAAUUCGAUGGUGUGGAACUUAACACUGAUGAACCUCCAAUGGUCUUCAAAGCCCAGUUGUUUGCACUGACUGGAGUUCAGCCUGCUAGACAGAAGGUUAUGGUUAAAGGUGGAACUCUGAAGGAUGAUGACUGGGGGAACCUAAAAAUAAAGAAUGGGAUGACCUUAUUAAUGAUGGGUUCCGCAGAUGCACUUCCAGAAGAGCCAAUUGCUCGACCCGUCUUUGUAGAAGACAUGACAGAGGAGCAGUUGGCUUCAGCUAUGGAAUUACCAUGUGGAUUGACAAACCUUGGCAACACUUGCUACAUGAAUGCUACGGUUCAGUGUAUCCGCUCAGUGCCAGAAGUGAAAGAGGCCCUUAAAAGGUAUGGUGGUGCCUUAAGAGCUUCAGGAGAAAUGGCCUCUGCUCAAUACAUUACUGCAGCUCUUAGAGACUUGUUUGAUUCCAUGGAUAAAACUUCCUCCAGUAUCCCACCUAUCAUUCUCCUGCAGUUUUUACAUAUGGCCUUCCCACAGUUUGCAGAGAAAGGCGAUCAAGGCCAGUACCUUCAACAGGAUGCCAAUGAGUGCUGGGUGCAGAUGAUGAGAGUCCUACAGCAGAAGCUGGAAGGCAUAGAAGGUGAUACAGUUAUGGAGGUAAUUACAGACUCUGGAGCAACAGCAGCAUCUUCUAAAAAGAAGAGUUUAAUUGAUCAGUUCUUCAGUAUUGAAUUUGAAACAGCCAUGAAAUGUACAGAAGCUGAAGAAGAGGAAGUAACUAAAGGAAAGGAGAAUCUGCUUCAGCUUAGCUGCUUUAUCAAUCAAGAAGUGAAAUAUCUGUUUACAGGACUAAAAUUGCGUCUUCAAGAGGAAAUCACCAAACUCUCUCCAACGCUGCAGAGAAAUGCACUCUAUAUCAAAUCUUCUAAAAUUAGUCGCUUGCCAGCGUACCUGACUAUUCAGAUGGUCAGAUUUUUUUACAAAGAGAAAGAAUCUGUGAAUGCCAAAGUUCUUAAGGAUGUUAAAUUUCCUCUUAUGUUGGAUGUCUAUGAGCUAUGUACUCCAGACCUUCAGGAAAAAAUGGUUUCUUAUCGAUCAAAAUUCAAAGAUCUAGAAGACAAAAAAGUAAAUCAACAGCCAAAGAAUUCCAGUAAAAGUGAUGGUGCACAGAAAGAAGUUAAAUAUGAACCAUUUUCUUUUCCUGAUGAUAUUGGUUCUAAUAAUUGCGGCUAUUAUGACCUGCAGGCAGUGCUAACACAUCAAGGCAGAUCAAGUUCCUCUGGCCAUUAUGUAUCUUGGGUUAAAAGGAAACAAGAUGAGUGGAUUAAGUUUGAUGAUGACAAAGUCAGCAUUGUUACACCUGAAGAUAUUUUGAGGUUAUCUGGGGGUGGAGACUGGCAUAUAGCUUAUGUUCUACUCUACGGGCCACGCAGAAUUGAAGUAAUUGAAGAUGAAGCUGAACAGUAGUCUUCAGUUUUAGUCAUUCUGCCUAGGAAUACAGUAGCUGUGUGCUAGUGGGAGGCUGCCGUAAAAAAGUAUUUCAGUGUUGGCUACAGCCAGAAAAGCAGUAGGCCAUCAACAGAACGGCCUCUGUGUGGAGGACCUGAUUUUUAAUGUGCUGUACUAUACCCGUCCACCUUCAUAUGAAAUACCUUCAGUUGUGUCUUCAUUAACAGUGGCUGUGUGGUGAGUUUAACUGUGUGUGCCUCGCUCAGAAGGGACCCCUCUUUCACCCUCCCUUGGGGACACGGGCUUCAGCUAUGGCCUCCCCAGGUGGUUUCUCUGCCUUACAGCUCGCCUUGCUGGUCAUUGCGCUGCUGCCUUCACCACACAGCUUCCCUGGGGAGCACCCCAAAGGCCUAAGGGCAUAUUUUAAGAGUUGCAUGAUGCUUAAAGGCUCAAAAAAAGUUAACUAUUUUCCCUUCCCGUAAAGCGUUCUGCCCCGUUUUUCUGCUGCUCUUGCUUUUUCCUAAUUUUGAGACGUGUGCAUUUAUCACAUCUGGCAACUGCGCUACAAGUUGUCUCCGUGGGACAAGAUACACUGAGUAACUAACACACAGGAUGCUGAAAACCCUGUAGAAGCAGCACUUGCUGCUGGGGUCUACAAGCCUCCAUUUCUAGCGGAGAUUAUUCCAGGUCUGUCAGACCCUUUAUGUAGGCCUGGGGGCUUGAAUCAGUGACAGGCAUCCUCACAGUUGGGAUUGCUCCCAGGUGGGUCUACUUUGAAGUGCUGUCACAUUUUGAUGAGGUCAUACUUGUCACAUGAUGCAGAACAAAAAUAGUAAGUCUGCACUCCUCCAUGCACAAAAUGACACAGGGCUCUGCUCCUGCCAGGUCAGAGAAAGGGAUCAAAGCUAAACUGGGGGGACAGGACAGCUCAGUGGCCAAGCCCCACGCCUUCAACACGAGUGCUAAAGUGAUGGUUCAUGGCUGAAGCAUCAAGACUAUAACUCACUGGAGGUGGCUUCCUUCAGUCACCUUCCUUGGGGCCUUCCUCAGCCCCAGCUCUCCCAGCCUCAAGGUGGCAGGCAGGCUGGGGGCAAGAGCUGUGGGUCCUCCCCCCACCCCCUCACUUCACAGUGCGCUCAUCCCUUCAUCAGCUGCAAUCCUCGUAGUUCACACCUUCUACCCCCUUGUACCUGCAGCAGGAGGCAAGACUUGGGCCGUAAUAUUUCCAAAAACUUGCCCAUGGAUCAGCCCCCACCGACUCAAUAAUGAAGUUGCUCAUAACAUUAAAUCCAAAGCUCUCAUCAACAGAGCCGGCCUCUGAGCUGGUAGCAAACCACCAUGAAAAUCCAGAGGUAUGAUUGAGUUAAUAACUGAAACCAUACUCUGCAGAGAACAAUUCUGUGGUAUCUAGUUUUCCAAACACUCAGCAACUAGAGAUUUCACCGAAUGACACAAGUUCUACAAGAAAUGGCCACAAAACAAGCUGCAGCUGCACCAUUGCCACAAAAGUGCCUUUUACACCUUGUGCCCAUCUACAGAGAGUGAUAUCCCUAAAAUAAAACCAAUUCACAGUGAACUGGGACAAUAAAAAUUACCUUGUUUAUCAUGACUUGGCAAGUUCCUGCAUAGCCUACAGAGACUAAUGUUAAUAAUUACUAAUAAAAAUGAGCAUAACACCCCCCCCUUCCCCUGGCCCCGGUUAUUGACUGGUGCUGCCUGGAGAGAACCAGUUCUUCAGGAGAGCAGGCUGACUGCAGCGGUUCUUCACCGACAGUGAAUUUGACAACUUGGAGCUCCAUCACAACACUAGUAUUUUCUCAAAGCUGAAUCACUUGCAAACAAACAAACAGGUACGUUUUGAUGGGCUAUAGCUCUCCCCACUGCCUUGUAAGUAAGUCCUUCACACCUUCCUGUGCUCUGAGAAACCAGAGACGCAGCGGGCAGUUGCGGAGAUGAUCGAUCAACUGCUCUGUCCAGUGAGAAUGACCCGAGCUCUGCCGCUGCCAAACCUUCCUGCUGCAGCCUGCGCAGAGCUGCCUUCACCCUCCAGACUCCCUUUUACAUUCCCACCAUCCAGGAUGAAGCUCCCUGUUUCUGGAUUGGGAUGAGUAAUUCUUUUCUCCAGAAAUCUGGAAAACUGAGCAAUAUUAUUACAAAAUUUUAUCAUUUAUUGAACAUAAAAUACCUAUCAAAAACCUGCGACCUAUCAA